CGCAAAGAGUUUAGGGAUGCAAGCCGCCAUCUUGUUUAUAAAAUUGAACUUUGUCAUUUGUACUCUACAGAAAAGACGUGUUGUGUUCAGCCUAGUUGACUUCAUAGAAAAGGAAUAUGGCAGAAGAGCGGGAAUUCAAGAUUGAAACAGCUCCAUUUGAUGCUCGAUUUCCUUAUACCAACCAAUCAAGGAACUGCUGGCAGAAUUACUGUGACUACUAUCGAUGUAUUUCUAAGAAAGGUGAAGAUUUUGAGCCAUGCAAUUGGUUCAGAAGAAACUAUCUCUCGCUCUGCCCUAGAAAAUGGGUUGAAGAUUGGAACUCGCAAAGAGAUGAAGGGACAUUUGCUGGCAAGAUUUAAAGAUCAAUCACUUUAAGUACUUUAUAUAUUUUUCUCAUUAAAACUAUUUCUUGCAUCAAACAACAAUUACAGAAUUUCUUUUCUUCAGACUAAUUAAUAACAAAAACUGCCCUGUAAAGCAUUGAAUGUUGCACAAAAGAAUCAUUUUGUCGA